AUGUACAACACUCAUCGCGGGAUGGUGCCCGCUCCGAACUCCCGUCUGACGGAGUUGCUGGAUCAACUGCGCCAGGAGUUUGAGAGCCAGUCGCGCAACACCGGUGAAUUCGAGCAUCAGUUGACCGGACAGCUCCAGGAGAUGGAGAUGAUCCGUCAGAAGGUCUAUCAGCUGGAGCAGGCUCAGAUCAAAAUCAAGCAAGAUUACGAGGCCGAAAUCCGAAUGCUGCGACAUGAAUUGGAAUCGCGCGGCGUCCAGACCAUUCCAUCCCACAUCGGCGGACCUGCCGCUGCCGCUGCUGCCGCCGCCGGUCAUUCUGCUAGUGCUCAGGCUCCCCCGCCUGCACUGGGCCACGGUCCCAGUAAUCUGUUCGGAGGUAUUAUGACCAAUCCACCAGGUAGCGGCCCCGGUCUUGCCCCUCCCCUUCCCCAGGAUCAGCAGCCUCCCCAGCAUGCCCUUCAACAGCCUGCCUCGGUCGCCCAGCCCGGUGCGCCGCAACCUCCGCAGAGCUCAUUUGGAUACCAGGGCGGCGCUGCUGUGAACGGCUAUGGCCCCCCUCCUCCCCCCACCGCUUCUCCGGGCCCCGGCAAGGGCCGCGGCCGUAUCCCCCCAGGCCCGGCGACCCCCCAGCAAACACAGCUCGCCUACCCUGACCCUCGUGCGUCGCCUCAGAUUCCCCGUCCCACUCCUCCCAACCCUCCUCUCGGCGGUCGCACCGCAGAGCGCCCGGGAAACAUGCUCGCCAACUGGAACCCCGAUGACCUCCCUCCGUCGCAAAAGCGCGAGGGUCCCGAUUGGUACGCCGUGUUCAAUCCCGAGGUGCAGCGUGUCCUUGAUGUGGAUUUGGUGCACCACUUGAACCACGACAGCGUCGUUUGCUGCGUGCGUUUCAGCCGUGACGGAAAGUACUUGGCCACGGGCUGCAACCGCUCCGCUCAGAUUUUCGACGUGAACUCUGGCGCCAAUGUGGCCACCCUCCAAGACGAGAACGUUGACAAGGAUGGCGAUCUCUACAUUCGCAGUGUUUGCUUCAGUCCCGACGGCAAGUACCUUGCGACCGGUGCUGAGGACAAGCAGAUUCGAGUUUGGGAUAUCAACGCGCGCACCAUCAAGCACAUCUUCAGUGGACAUGAGCAGGACAUCUACUCUCUGGACUUUGCUGGUAAUGGUCGCUUCAUCGCCUCUGGCAGUGGAGACAAGACUGUUCGUCUGUGGGAUAUUCUCGAUGGCAAGCUUGUCUACACCCUCAGCAUCGAGGAUGGUGUUACUACUGUAGCCAUGUCCCCCGAUGGCCGCUACGUGGCUGCCGGUUCUUUGGACAAGAGCGUCCGCGUGUGGGACACCACCACUGGUUACCUGGUGGAGCGUCUGGAGAACCCAGAUGGCCACAAGGACAGUGUGUACUCGGUCGCCUUUGCCCCCAACGGCCGCGACCUGGUCAGUGGCAGUCUGGACAAGACGAUCAAGCUCUGGGAGCUCACUGUUCCCCGGGGCAUGCACCCUCACAGCGCCGUCAAGGGUGGCAAGUGCAUCCGUACUUUCGAAGGCCACAAGGACUUUGUUCUCAGUGUGUGCCUGACUCCCGACGGUGCUUGGGUGAUGAGUGGUUCCAAGGACCGCGGUGUGCAGUUCUGGGAUCCAGUGACUGGAAACGCCCAGAUGAUGCUUCAAGGCCACAAGAACUCUGUCAUCUCGGUUGCACCCAGCCCUACUGGCAACCUGUUCGCUACCGGCAGUGGCGACAUGCGUGCCCGUAUUUGGAGGUGA